AUGUGGAAAGCGACCCUUGUAAUUCCAGCAUCAGGGGAGACAGACAGAUGGAUCUCUUGGGGCUGCUGGCCAGCCAGUGUGGCCUACUUGGUGUGUGUCCAGUGUCCCUGGUCGGUGGGAGCUUCUCUGAGUCCCUUUGUCUGGACCACCAUGGCAUGUGCGGGGCCAGCUAGUGGGCGGCAGCGGCUGAGCAUGCAGGAGCACAUGGCCAUCAACGUGAGCCCUGGCCCCAUCCGGCCCAUCCGCCUCAUUUCUGACUACUUCCCUCAUUUCUACCCCUUCUUGGAGCCGGUGCUGCGUGCCCCAGAUCGGCUGGCCAUCCACUCUGCACCCCAGCUGCAGCCCAACCCUGAGCCUGAAGGAGACUCGGAUGACAGCACUGCCCUAGGCACCCUGGAGUUCACACUUCUCUUUGAUUUGGACAACAGUGCUCUGCACUGCACAGCCCAUCGUGCAAAGGGUCUCAAGCCACCAGCUGCAGGCUCUGUGGACACCUAUGUCAAAGCCAACCUGCUGCCAGGGGCCAGUAAGGCCAGCCAGCUUCGGACCCGCACUGUUCGAGGCACCAGGGAACCUGUCUGGGAGGAAACACUCACCUACCAUGGCUUUACAUGCCAGGAUGCUGGAAGGAAGACCCUGAGGCUAUGUGUGUGUGAGGACUCACGGCUGCGGCGCCGGCGGCGAGCGUCCCCCUUGGGGGAGCUACGAGUGCCCCUGAGGAAGCUGGUGCCAAACCGAGCCAGGAGCUUUGACAUCUGUCUAGAGAAGUGGAGGCUGACCAAGAGGCCCAAGAGCCUGGACACAGCCCGUGGCAUGUCUCUGUAUGAAGAGGAGAUGGAAGCAGAGGUGUUUGGGGAGGAGCGUGGACGCAUCCUGCUGUCCCUGUGCUAUAGCUCCGAGCGCGGCGGCCUACUGGUGGGGGUGCUGCGCUGCGCCCACCUCGCCCCCAUGGACGCCAAUGGCUACUCAGACCCCUUUGUCCGCCUUUUCCUGCAUCCAAGUUCUGGGAAGAAAUCCAAGUAUAAGACCAGUGUUCGGAGGAAGACCCUGAACCCUGAGUUCAAUGAGGAAUUCUUUUAUGCAGGUCAUCGGGAGGAGCUGGCCCAGAAGGCACUGCUGGUGUCUGUGUGGGACUACGACCUGGGCACAGCUGAUGAUUUCAUUGGUGGAGUGCAGCUGAGUGGCAGAGCCAGUGGGGAACGCCUGCGCCACUGGCGUGAGUGCCUAGGCCACUGUGACCACCGGCUGGAACUGUGGCACCUGCUGGACAGUGUGCUCCCCCAACUUGGUGACUAGUCAUCACAGGGCCCUGCUUGUAACCGGUUCAGGGGCCAAGAUGUCUGCUGCAUCCGGAAAGAGCUCUGGGUUAUCCCGUCUGCUAUGCAUUCUUGUCUCCUUCCAGCCGUGUAACCCCCAAAACAAAGCAAAAUAAACACCUGCU